GCAUACGAACCUGUUCAGGUGUGACUUCCUCGCAUUUUCCUCGUGCAUCGCAAACGGCAAUUUGAGUGCAAUGCAAACAGCGAGACCGAGCGUCACGUAAACACGUGCAAUUAUUAUUUCUCGUAAUUAAAACCUGUCGUCGCCGAUACAUCUGAACGCGUCAAGUUCGCGUGAACAAAGAACGAAUUUUAUGAUUCAAAGACAACUAUCCUCGCAUUUUUUUUUGUGGUGAACACGCGGAGAAAAGCGGUUGAAAAUAAUAAAAAUGUCGCGUUUAAUCAAAUACAGAACGCUCGUUCUUGUGAUUCUUUGUGGAUUGGUGGUGCCCCAUAAGGCUGACAUAGUAUUUCCUGACCAGAUAAAUCUAAGAGAGUCAAAUACUCCGGUCGAACCAAGAGCAGAAGACAACAUGGCAUUAUUAUUGCGGUCGCAGUCGUCGGGAACAAUCAAGAGAAUCAAUUCGCCAGAAGAGUUCCUUCAAAUGAUCGGUGUAUCACCGUCACAAGUCUUCCUUACUAGCAGAAUGGGUGUACCUGAAGAACGCUCGAAUAAAGUAAUUGCAAGGCAAGCUAACUGUGAGCCUUCACCAACCGUAGUUCCUACAUAUCAACGUAACGAUCCGUCUAUCAUCUAUUUUCCCCGGUGUAUACGAGUCAACAGAUGCACAGGUUGUUGCGGAAACGAGUUACUCUCUUGUCAGCCAAAGGAAAUAGAAACCCGAAAUUUUGAAAUCAUGCUGGCAAAAUUGACGGCGCAAGGUAAAUUCGAGUACCAAGGCAAACAAGUCGUACCAAUAGAUGAGCACAUCAAAUGCGAAUGUGACUGCGUAAUAAAACCAUCGGAUUGCACACCCAAACAGGUUUAUAAGGAGAACUUAUGUAGAUGCGAGUGCAGCAACACGGACUAUCGAACGAAAUGUAUUGAACACCCAGAUAAAAUCUGGGAUUCGGUAUAUUGUACCUGUUCUUGUAGAAACGCACAUGAAUGUUCGACCGGCUUCUUUUACAACCAGAAUACGUGCAGAUGUGAGCAAUUACCGAUAUCUAGAUCCUGGUUUACAUCUACGAAAGGGACUGAUUAUAGAUUUGGGCAAACACAAAAGCCAGAUGUACCACCAGUAAUAAUUCCUCUAGAUGCAAAUGAUCCUAGGAGAAAACCUAAACCAGAUCCAGAAUAGAAGUCUUCCGUUUAUAAACUAAAUGUGAAUCAUAAGACUUUUAUAAGACAGCUAUUUUAAUAGCACUUAUUUAGUUUAAUCUUUCACCUUUGUGCCAUUUUGCUACACACACACACACACACACACAUCACGCACACACAAUAUUUAGUUACAGUAUUUACAUAAUAUGUAUUAUUAAUCCACUAUUGUAAGAUAUAAAUGAAUGGAGCCUUAAAAUUAAAACGCACUGUGAUAUAAACAAAUAUAAUUAUUUAAUGC